GGUGGAUUUUUGCCUUGAUCUGAUUGGGACACCGCGAUCCGGCUGGAUACUGCUCUCGGGCUGUGGCGUGGUAAAUGUAAGGCUGCUUCACACUGCAGCCCUUCAGGCAAGGAACAAUUCUGGAGAGAAAGCAUGCCAAGAUACACAGUGCAUGUCCGAGGGGAAUGGCUGGCAGUGCCGUGCCUGAACGGUGCUAACACAAUCGGAUGGCUGGGAAGGGAAGCUGUGAGACGGUACAUGAAAAACAAACCCGAUAACGGAGGAUUUACGUCGGUGGAAGAAGUAAAAUUUUAUGUUCGAAGGUGCAAGGGUCUUGGCUUGCUGGAUCUUGAUGACACAGUGGAGGAUGCCCUGGAGGACAAUGAAUUUGUUGAAGUUGUUAUAGAAGGAGACAUAAUGUCUCCAGAUUUCAUACCAUCUCAGCCAGAAGGAGUUCAUUUAUAUAGCAAAUACCGAGAACCAGAACAGUAUAUUUCUUUAGAUGGCAACAGCUUAACAACGGAGGACCUGGUCAGUUUGGGAAAGGGGCUCUACAAGAUAAAGCUCACACCUGAAGCUGAAGCUAAAGUCAAACGAUCACGAGAAGUAAUUGAAAGGAUUGUAAAGGAACAGACAGUUGUUUAUGGAAUCACCACAGGGUUUGGGAAGUUUGCCAGAACUGUCAUUCCAAACAGUAAACUUAUGGAGCUUCAAGUGAACUUGGUUCGUUCACAUUCUGCAGGUGUGGGGAAACCGUUGACCCCCGAGAGGUCUCGCAUGCUGUUGGCGCUGAGGAUCAAUGUCCUAGCAAAAGGGUACAGUGGAAUUUCCCUAGAAACCCUCCAGCAAGUUAUUGAAGCAUUUAAUGCAUCCUGCCUGCCUUACAUCCCUGAGAAAGGGACAGUUGGGGCCAGCGGAGACUUGGCUCCCCUCUCUCAUCUCGCUCUGGGAUUAAUUGGAGAAGGAAAGAUGUGGUCCCCAAAGAGUGGCUGGGCUGAUGCUAAAUACGUCCUGGAAGCCCAUGGUCUGAGACCGAUUACCUUGAAACCAAAAGAGGGUCUGGCUCUCAUCAACGGGACACAAAUGAUCACCUCGCUGGGAUGUGAAGCAGUUGAAAGAGCCAGUGCUAUUGCUAGGCAAGCAGACAUAGUCGCUGCCCUUACACUUGAAGUCCUGAAGGGUACAACUAAGGCCUUUGAUACCGACAUCCAUGCUGUGCGCCCACACAAAGGGCAGGCUGAAGUGGCAUUUCGAUUCAGGUCCCUCCUGGAUUCUGACCAUCAUCCAUCAGAAAUAGCAGAGAGCCAUCGAUUUUGUGACCGAGUUCAGGAUGCGUACACAAUGCGUUGCUGUCCUCAGGUCCAUGGAGUUGUAAAUGAUACAAUCGCUUUCGUGAAGGACAUCAUGAUGACUGAAAUCAAUAGUGCCACAGACAACCCUAUGGUGUUUGCUGAAAGAGCAGAGACCAUUUCUGGAGGAAAUUUUCAUGGUGAAUAUCCUGCAAAGGCUUUGGACUACUUGGCAAUUGGUGUGCAUGAACUCGCUGCAAUUAGUGAAAGAAGAAUUGAGAGGCUCUGCAACCCCUCGCUCAGUGAACUGCCUGCAUUUUUAGUCACUGAAGGAGGCCUGAACUCUGGCUUCAUGAUUGCACACUGCACAGCAGCUGCCCUGGUUUCGGAGAACAAAGCCUUGUGCCAUCCCUCCUCUGUGGAUUCUCUGUCCACCAGUGCUGCUACGGAGGACCACGUGUCCAUGGGAGGAUGGUCUGCAAGAAAAGCAUUGAGAGUCAUUGAGCACGUGGAACAAGUUCUGGCUAUCGAGCUGCUCGCUGCCUGCCAGGGCAUCGAAUUCCUACGCCCUCUGAGGACGACAACGCCAUUGGAGAAGGUCUACGACCUCGUGCGCUCAGUUGUGAGGCCUUGGAUGAAGGACCGCUUCAUGGCCCCGGACAUCGAAGCGGCUCACAGGCUGCUCGUGGAGCAGAAGGUGUGGGAAGUAGCUAAACCUUACAUUGAAAAGUACAGGAGAGAACACAUCCCUGAAUCAAGACCUGGUUCACCAACAGCCUUCUCCCUGGGAUCACUGGGAAAGAAAACACACAUUGGCCACGACCACUCACAUCAGAAUGAACUUUAA